AUGGGAUAUUUUCUUCUAUAUCAUUAUAUCUUUUUCUUAUCUAUCUAUCUAUCUAUCUAUCUAUCUAUCUAUCUAUCUAUCUCGGCUUGUUCCAAUCUAUCUAUCUAUCUCAGUCUGUUCCUAUCUAUCUAUCUAUCUAUCUAUCUAUCUAUCUAUCUAUCUAUCUAUCCCAAAAUGAUCUAUAUGGUUAACUGUUUCUAUUAUCUGUCCGAUCGUAUAUAUCUAUCUCUAUCUAUCAUCUAUCUCUAUCUAUCUGUAUCUAUCUAUCUAUCUAUCUAUCUAUCUAUCUAUCUAUCUAUCUAUCCGCUUAACUUUGCUCUUAUCUGUCCGAUCGUGUUAGUAUCUAUCUAUCUAAAAUUUUCUCCCAUCUAUCUGAACGUGUUCACGUCUAUUUAUCAUGUUCUUCACGUCUACCUCAUAUUUAUUUGGCCACUAUUACCUAAUGUCAUGCGUAAGAAAAUCGAUCAUAUAACUUGGACAAUUCAGUAA